AUGUUCACUGGCCUGGUGGAGACGAUUGGGCGCAUCACCGAGGUGGUGCCGAAGGACGCCGAGAGCGGCUCCUAUGCAAUUACGAUCGGCGACGUCGCGUCGAUCCUCGAUGACUGCCACAUUGGCGACAGCAUCGCCGUGAACGGCGUGUGCCUCACUGUGACGCACUUUGACACGCCGCAGGGCUGGUUCAAGGUGGACAUUGCGCCCGAGACGCUCUUCCGCACGAACCUUGGUGCGCUGAGCGUGGGCGACGGCGUGAACUGUGAGCGCGCCAUGGCGCCCCACACGCGCUUCGGUGGGCACAUUGUCCAGGGCCACGUCGACACGGUGGCGACGCUGCAGUCGAUCGAGCCGAACGAGUCUGCGCAGACGCUGACACUGCGCCUGCUGUACGAGGUGCCGAGCGAAGGCAAAGAGACGCUUCCGCUGCCGUCGACGCUCUCGCCCUACCUUGUGCCGAAAGGCUUUGUGACGCUCGACGGCGCGUCCCUCACGCUGAUCGACGUCUCGCCGCCCAACGGCGGUGCGCUGAGCGGAAAAGAGGACGGCACGCCGCCGCACGAGACGAUCGAGUUCACCGUGAUGCUCAUUCCCCACACCCAGGAGCACAUUGCGCUCCCGAAAAAGAGCAUCGGCGCACGGAUCAAUAUCGAGUUCGACAUGGUUGGCAAGUACGUCUACCGCUCGAUCCUCGGCCAGUUCCAGCGCCUCGACGCGUCCGCCGGCGCGGAUGGUGUGCUGAGCUCCACGAUGCUCGACCGUGUUGUGGAGCGCGCGGUGCGCCGUGUGUCCCAUUCGUAG